ACAGACCUCUGUGAAGCUCUGUUGAAGGUGGAGCCAUUUUUGUUGCACUUUGCUCUCCUUUCCAGCAGUCUCUCAACAGUUCUCUCUGAAGCAAAGACCAUGGCGCUCCGUGCAGGACACAUCGAACUCUUUCUGCUGCUUUCAGUCCUCAGUGUGGCUGCAGAUCAACAUGCUCCUGAAGUCCACACAAAGCUUGGCAGUCUCAGAGGGAAGUAUGUGAGCGUAAAGGGGAAGGAGUCCGGGGCCCAUGCCUUCCUCGGUGUCCCGUUUGCCAAGCCCCCUGUUGGCCCCUCCCUAAGAAUGGCCGCACCACAACCUGUAGAGGGAUGGAACCGCAUGAGAGAUGCAACCAAGCAACCCUUCAUGUGCAUUCAAAGCAAAGAUAUUGUCAUGGACCUCCUGAAGAAACUUGGUGACCUGAUGGUAGAAAUCCCCGAUAUUUCAGAAGACUGUCUGUACCUCAACAUUUAUGCUCCUGCAAACCAAGCUCAAAAUGCCAAGCUCCCAGUCAUGGUGUGGAUCCACGGUGGAGGCUUCAGUUUGGGUUCUGCUUCAAUGUAUGAUGGUUCUGCCUUGGCUGUCUAUCAGGAUGUGAUUGUGGUUCUGAUCCAGUACCGACUAGGUGUUUUGGGGUUUCUAAGCACUGGAGAUGAGCAUUUGCCUGGGAACUUUGGUCUGCUGGAUCAGAUUGAGGCUCUGAGGUGGGUCAAGGAGCACAUCAGCAGUUUUGGAGGAGACCCAAACUCAGUCACUGUUUUUGGGGAGUCAGCUGGUGGAGUGAGUGUAUCUCUUCUGCUUGUCUCUCCAUUGGCUAAAGGUCUGAUUCAUCGAGGGAUUGCUCAGAGUGGAACUGCUGCAAUGGACAUGGUUGUGGUUGAUCAACCUUUACCAGCUAUGCAGAUGGUAGCAAAUGCAUCAGGCUGCAGCCUUGAAAGUACAAAGAUGAUCGCUGAUUGCAUGAAACGGGUGGACCUUGAUACUCUGAUUUCAUUAACAAGCAAUCUAAACUUAAGACUUUCCGUCAAUGUUGACGGACACUUCCUUAGGAAAACUGUGCAAGAGCUGUACCAGAAACGUGAAGUCCUCAAUGUGCCGUUCAUGACCGGUAUAAACAAUCAUGAAGCAGGGUGGAUGCUUUCUAGUUUCUUUGCUCCUCAAAAUUGGACAGAAGGCAUGGACAGAGAGCAGAUCGUGAACAUCGUAUCGAUGUUCUACUCUGACCCUAAAGAUGCCUACAUCAGAGAUUUGAUAGUGAAUGAGUAUACUGGAAGUGGAGGAGAUCGAGUCAAAAACCGAGAUGGAUUCACAGAAAUGCUUGGAGAUUUGUUUUUCACCAUUCCUGCCAUUAAAUCUGCAAAAGCACACAGAGAUUCAGGCGUGCCUGUGUAUCUGUACGAGUACCAGUACCCUCCCUCCUUCCUGCAGAAGACCAGGCCUAGCUUUGUCAAGUGUGACCAUGGAGACGAGCUCUUCACAGUCCUGGGAUUUUGCUUCACAACCACUGAUGUCAAGAUAAAUGCAAAAUGCACCUCAGAGGAAGAAGAGCUGAGCAAACUCAUGAUGAACUACUGGGGCAACUUUGCACGUACAGGGUCUCCUAAUGCCAAAAAUCUUGCCCACUGGCCGAAGUAUGGAGCAGAUGAGGAGUACCUGAUCAUUGCUUUGAAUAAGCAGACGGUUGAUCAGUCUCUGAAGAAAGAGCGCUUUCUUUUUGCCACAGAGGUCCUACCAGAGAAGAUUCGCCAGCAUAAAGGGAACGAAGAGCGCAGCGAGCUUUAACUGUGCUUAUACACCGAGCCAACAAAGGGAAUUGGGACUAUAAUUACAAGGGCCAUGAAAAAAAUCGUGAGAUUCUGUAGCAAAAGCUGAUUCCAAAAGAACCAUAAGGGCCACACAGUUCCCAUUUAUGCCAUAUUUAUAAUGGAACACUCACGCUAAACUUGGAGCAUAAAUGCAUGCACUUACAAGAGCCUUGAAAUGGGAAUACUCCUUGGCUGCCUAUAGCUCCACCCCUCAUUAAAUUGUACAAAACUGGUGAAAAUUCUAAACUGGUGUCUGAAUAUGAAGCACAGUGAAGCUCCUUAUAAUAAAGUGAUGUGACAAAAGGCUUUGCUCAUUUUUUUUUUAUUAUUACUGAGAACAGUACUUAAGCGGAAAGUUCCCUGAAGAUCGAUGUGAGCAGUGCAACUGGAUUAACAUACAUACUCCAUGAAAUCAGGCAUAUGGCAUUUAUAAUAGCAUAAAGCAAAACUUUUAACAGCCAAAUGAUUAAAAUAAAUGGUUUCACAGAAUGUCACAGCUAGAAUGGUAUAAAUAAAAUGUCUGAUAAAUCAAAGAUGCCUAUUUUCUUUUCUUUUUUCAUUUAUUUUGCAGAUGUCAGUAAAGCUGCAGUCUGAUAUAAAAGUGCUGGCCGUUGGUUUCUGAAUAAUUCCCUAAACUGCCCAGGAAAGUGCACUUGGAGUAGGAAAACUACUGGGCAUCACUUUUAGGCCAUGAUGAGACAACAGAUGCUAACUUUGUACCUUUGAGAUGGUAAAAGA